UCCAACAGAAAACAGAAAAACUCAAACAGACAGCCUACCAAGAAAAACCCCAACGAAAUCCCAUCAAGUUGAAUUUGUGAUGUCGUUGUGAAUUGAAGCAAGAAGUGUCGUGUGCCGUCGCUCGUCUGGUAAAAGAAAAAUUAUUAAAAAAUAUAUAAAAUAAUCGAAUGAACCGAAUUAAACAAAAGAACGCUCCCGGUUUUUAUUGAAUUUAAUCAUUUCAUUUACUUUCGCAUAAAUCUUCGUGUGAUUGUGCCUUUUAUAAUUUUCUAAACAAAAAAAAUAAACCUAUGGCUUUAAACAAAUUUAUUUAAUUAAUUCUCCGUCAGAACAAAUAAAAAAAGAGAAUUCAGUUUCACUGCAGAAUUGUGCAAGUUGAGAAAAACGAAGGGAAAAGUGUAAAAAAGGGUUUCUCCACCAACCACCGACAAAAAAAAAAUUCUACCAUCGUUUUUGUGAGUCCGUCAACAUCACCGUCACUGUCGUCGUCGGACUCGGAUCGGAGUCGUCGUCUGUAAAGUUAUUUUAUAGUUUUGUCUCACUCGCAACCACUUGCUCUGCAAUCGCUCCAUCGUCAUUUGACGAAUAUUUUGCGCGAAAACCAACUAAAGUUUUAUUUAAUAUUUUUUUGCAAAUUCCUACCCCCAUCUGUCUGCCGAAAGUUUCAAACAACAAAACAACAAAAAUUUGUUAAGUGAAAACAAAAAUUUAGAUAAAGAAAUUAAAUUUAUUAUUUUAUUUUUUAAAAAAGUGAUAAGAUAAGAGUGAAAAGUGUAACACUGAGUUCGUCUCGUGCGUCGUCGGUCGGUGGCUCCAAGUGUCUGAAUAAAUCAAUUUUCAUACAGAGAAAAGAAAAUUCCACCUUAAUUAUUGUUGUUGGGUGAAAAUAAUAAGAAAACUCUUUGUCGGUCUCGAUUUGAGUCUCAGUUCAGUCGGUGUCGUCCUUAUCCUCCUGAACCUGUGUCUGUCAUCUGCAGCUUGGUGGAUUCUUUUCUUGUUUUCUCCUGAAUCUGGAUUUAAUUUUUGUUCGAUUUGCAGGAACAACGCAAACAGAGAAAACAAAUAAUAAUUUAUUCCAACAAGAUUUUUUCUUGUUCCCAUCAUCGUCGCCGCCAUCGAGCCGCUUUGAGUUGAGAUUCCACCUUCCAGAUUGUUGUUAGUGGUUUACCAAUCGUCCAUGGAUGCGUGAUAAAAGGAAAACAUGGUUUACAACAAAAACAAACAAGAUAUCAAUUACUAAGAUGCCUUAAUUGCAACACAACGCACACGCCCUUAAAAAAAUAAGAUCUGCCGCCUAAAAUUUAGUAUCUUAGAAAAAAAAAAACAGCAACAACUCAAUGUGCUUAAAAUUCAAAAUGACAUUUGUAACUGUCAUCACAAUCAUUAGACUAAGAUGAAAAUACGCCUAAAUGUAUUCUAGAGAAAGAACAAAGCAAAGCACUGAACAACAAUAACAGCUAAAAAUAUGCAAUAUAAAAAAUAUCUAACAAUAAAGUACGUAACGUUAAGUUCGUAAUAACUUCCACAAAAAACUUCCAUACUCAACAUUACGUAACGUAUAACUCAUAUAAAGUCGUAUAUCGUAAGAAGAAUAUCGUAAAAAUCUACACUGCUCGUAAUAUUCUCAUAAUUGUGGAACGUAAACAAAAUUUUGGAAUUUUUUCUUACGUUGCGCAAAUGACGUAUUGGAUCGUAUAGCAUAGACAACAACCAAAGUUUGGGAGAUAAUGGAGUCGGCAGUUAUUCGUGCGCCUACUCGUAGGCGAGCUCGUAACGAUGAGCAACUGUAUGGUCGGAUAAAACUGAAAAAAGUCUUUGGACUGACAGUAUGCAGCAAUGCCGCGUUAGAUGUUUCUCCAAUAAGCGGUCUCUUGGCUUAUCCAGCUGGGUGCACCGUUAUAUUGUUCAAUGCCAAAAAGCAAACUCAAGCUUACCUUGUGAACACAUCACGAAAAGCGAUCACCGCUGUCGCAUUUUCACGAUGUGGUCGUUAUGUGGCAACAGGUGAAUGUGGCCUAAAUCCUGCCAUCAAAGUGUGGGAGUUGGAUUCGCCAAAUGGAAGUCUAGAGGAUACAACUGGUGGCAAUGUGGUAGCUGAGUUUAUUGGUCACAAGUAUGCAGUCAGCUGUGUGGCCUUCUCGCCAACGGGCAAGUACCUGGUAUCGGUUGGAUCACAACACGAUAUGAUAGUCAAUGUCUUCGAUUGGAAGUCCAAUCUCAAGAUGGCCUCAAACAAAGUCAGUGCCAAAGUCUCUGCGGUUAGCUUUAGCGAAGAUGGCAGCUACUUUGUCACAGUGGGCAACCGACAUGUCAAAUAUUGGUACCUCGAUGGAGGACGAAAGUACAAAGAUCCGGUGCCGUUAAUGGGUCGGAGUGCCAUUCUAGGAGAACUACGCAACAAUGACUUUUGUGCUGUAGCCUGUGGCAAAGGUGAAUUCUUUGAUAGCACCUACGCAAUAACCCGCCAAGGUCAUUUGGUAGAAUUCAAUUCCCGCCGCUUACUUGACAAAUGGGUAGCCUGUCGAACGACAAGUGCUAACUGCAUUUGUGUAAAUGCCCAGUUUAUUCUGGUCGGUUGUGCCGAAUCUAUAAUUAGGAUUUUUAAUGCCAGCACCUUGGAAUAUGUGACCACAUUGCCAAGAACCCACUACCUGGGUGUGGAUGUGGCUGCUGGAGUACAUAUCAAUCACAUAAUGAAUGUGCCACAUAAUGCCAAAUACCCAGACUGCGUUGCAAUGGUUUACGAUGCAUCGCGAUCGAAAGUGAGUUGCGUGUACAACGAUCACAGUUUGUACAUCUGGGAUAUGAGGGAUAUUAAGCGUGUGGGCAAGAGUCAUUCGUUUUUGUAUCAUUCGACGUGCAUUUGGGGCGUCGAAACUGUGCCAUACAACAUGGAAAGGGAAAUGUCCCAUACUUUGCCGGAGGAGUGCUUUGUGACAUGCUCCUCAGAUGACACAAUUAGGGUUUGGGGCUUGGAUAAUUGUUCCAAUAACGAGAUCUAUCGCAGGAACAUCUACAGCAAAGAUCUUCUCAAAGUUGUGUACAUCGAUGAGGAGCUUAACUUCAUCAGGGAUUGUGAUAACUCCGUGAUGGGAACCGAUAAGUCCAGCUAUGAUGGCCGCAAUGGAGUUCGUUGUAUCAAGAUCAGUCCAGAAUUAAGCCAUCUGGCGACUGGCGAUCGAAGUGGUAACAUUCGAAUUUAUAAUUUGGCAAAUUUGAAGAUGCUCACGAUAAUUGAGGCUCACGACUCGGAGGUGCUGUGUCUGGAGUACACCAACGACAAGAUCGAUAGAAAACUUUUGGCCAGUGCAAGUCGGGAUCGUUUGAUUCAUGUGUUCGAUGUCAAUCAGGGUUAUGUGAUCCUUCAGACAUUGGACGACCAUUCGAGCAGUAUUACGUCGAUCAAGUUUGUCGGCAGUGGUCUGGCCUUCCAGAUGAUUUCAUGUGGAGCCGACAAGUCGAUCAUGUUUAGGACCUUCCAGAACGGCCAAUUCCUGCGUGGAACCAAUUGUUCAGGGAAGACGACUCUCUACGACAUGGAAGUGGACAGCAAUAGCAAACACAUUAUGACUGCCUGCCAAGAUCGAAAUAUCAGAGUCUACAGUACCCAGAGUCAAAAACAUACGAAAACCUUCAAGGGUUCUCAUUCCGAAGAUGGAAGUCUGAUCAAACUGAGUCUUGAUCCGAGUGGCAUCUAUGUGGCCACCUCGUGUACGGAUAAGACCCUGUCUGUGUACGACUACUACUCGAACGAAUGCAUGGCUCGGAUGUACGGCCACAGUGAACUGGUGACGGGCCUGGCUUUCACCAACGACUGCAAAUAUCUUAUUUCGGCCAGUGGAGAUGGUUGUGUGUUUGUUUGGCAAAUUCCCCACGACAUGAUUGUUACAAUGCAGGCAAGACUUUCGCAGCAGCGUCUACGCUCCGGUCACCCACCUUUGGCUCGUCCUAUAUCAGAGAUCAUCGUGGAGUCGCCACUCCCAGAGGAGGAGAAAUUCGGCAUGUCUCCAGGUCGCCCGUUCAUGGACGGUAUUCCUCUAACACCUGGCUAUAAGUUCUCCGAUGUCGGCCAACUACCUCAGUGGGCGAAACGAAAAACAUCGGCUACUGAGGAACCGCAUGCGCCGCCUAGUUUAAGUUCCAGCCCUAGUCAGGUAAUCGGAGUUCCUAAGCCGCGAGGUCGAUGGGCUCAACGUGGUCAAAUUGACUCAGAUACACUAGAUUUGCGAAGUAAUUCGGAGAGCCCGUUGGGAGCUCCUCCGUAUAGUGGCGGCAUUGUUGGGAACACCCAGACCUCUGACUACAAUAGCGCCAGUUCAAAGGACAUAAUGUACAAUCAAACGUACCUCAGUGAGGAUAGUUCGAUUGAUAGUGGCAUGGAGACAAGGCGGGAGAUUAAGUUUGUCGGAGUUACAGGCAAUGGUGGUAUGAGGCCGCUGCCGGAGAAGAAGAAAACAUCAAAUUCAGUUUCAACUUCGUUGCGAUUUGAGUCCAACAACGACCAUGAUGGCGAUGUGGAAGACAUAUCUGAUGGUGAAAGGACAAGUUCGGAUCAUGGACUCUUCUAUCCAACUAUUUCACCUGGAACACCAACUGAAUUCAAAGUCAAUGCCAUGAACGAAGAGGAACUUCGCAAAUCAAUGAGACGGAAAAACUUCGAGAAAGUUGGUUUGAACCUGAGUGGUGGAUCACAUACUGCCAGUACAGGAACUGGAACAGGUACCUCUGACACCGAAGACGAGGGAUCUACACCGAGUGGAGAAAAUGCCGACAGAUCAAUAGCAUCUACAUUAGGUGGAAGUUCUGAAAAUAUCCCACAAGUUUCAUCUAGUUUCCUGCAACAAGCCCUAGACGGUCCAGGUGGAUUCCCAGAACGAGGAGAUAGAACUCGUCGAAGUAUAAGUGCCAAACAUAAUACAGAAAAAUCACCAUCAAUAACAAAGUCAUAUACCAGUACAAAGAAGGAGGAACUUCUUAAGGUCAUAAGCGAAGCCAAACAAAAGCUAGAAAAUGGUCAAAGAAAUUUCAAAAAUGGAAUUAUAAAAAAUAAUGCAAUACCAGAGGUUGGUUAUCGACCGUUACGUGGUAGUCACAGCAUAUCAGAUCUUAGUUUAGCUGCCAGCUCAGAAAAUACUAGAACACCAAAUCGUUAUAUAAAAGCAGGAUCCAACAAUAAGAACACAAUAAUGCCAGUUCAAAUUGAAGAUUCAUCAAUACGACGUGCAUGUUCUUUGAGUGAUCUUCAUAUGGGAAAUAUGGGCAAGAGUCCUAAGUCCAAUGGAACACCUGUACAACCUCAACAAAAGAACGGAUCAAGUUAUAGGCCCAGUCCAGUUUCACGUUCGGUUAGCAAACGAAACAGCCUUCAAGGACCUAAAUCCCCUGGAACUAGUUUAUCAACUCAAAGUGGUUCAAUGAAUGUUCUUAAUAAUGCAAGCGAUUCGGAUCCUGAAGAGACACUAAGAGGUGGAUCAUCAAGGCCAUCAACCCAAAGUCAAAGCAGAUCUAAUGGUCCAAUUGCUGCCUCAAGACAGUAUAACAACAAAGCAACAACAAUCACGUCUAGUCGACGCAAAGGUCUUCAAAGUUCAUUUAACAAUGGAUCAGGACAACAGGAUGAUUCAAGUUCAGAAGAAACACCAGGUACCUCUUCGACACAUGGUAGCAAACCUGUUGUGCCUCCACGUCCUAGAAAUUUAUCUCUAGAUCAUAAAAAAGCUGUUAUGAAUAGUCCAAAUGUGGUUAAAUCUCGUGGUAAUUUUGAACCUGUAGAUUUUCCUUCCCGCGAUAUAGAUCAAUCUGAUCCAAAAUCACAAGUGUAUAAUAUUAUUAAUAAAUUAUACACUACAACUACUGCUGCUAUGCAGCUGCAUGCAAAAUUAAAAAAUUGCGAAGACUCACCAACGAGUACUGGCAAUAAUAAUUUAAUGCUAAAGGAAUUGGAAAAUGCUGUGAUUAUGACGCAACAAAUGUUAACCAACAUAACGAAUAAAAACGAUAAAAACACAUCGCAAAAUCUUUCGUCAUCAUUUUCCGGCAAUGAAGUUAAUCUAGAAAAUGGUGAUUUUCUAACAAUGGUAAACAAUUGUGCCGAUCUACUGAGCAAUGUCCGAAGUAAGCACAAACCCGAUGACUGUGAGAAUAACUCCUAGUGUGUAAAAAAUUAAUCUUAAGUCUUUAUAUAGGUAUUAAAGUAAAUUAAUUAAAACAAAAAUAAUACAAUUAAUAAAAUAAAAUACAUUAUAAAACUAGUAAACUAACUAAUAAUAUUUUUUUGAUUUUUUUUUCAUUGUACUAAAAUUAUUUUCUAGUUAUGUAAAAUGUUUGGUCUUUUGAUUUAUGUUUUUUCUUCUUAGAAAACAAAAGCAAAAACAAGACAUACGUAUUCAAAUAAGAGACUCUGUAAUACAAUUUAAUUUCUUAUUUAUAAAAAUUUAAAUAAAAUCCAUUACAAAUAUGUAAAAGACAUGGAAUGAAAAAAAGAAACUAAAAUUUUAUUAAAAUGUAUAGAACAAUUAUUAUUAAUUAUAUAAAUAUCGAAGAUAAAUAAGCUUUUCAAGUUGUGUCAUUUAAAUAGAAAAAAAGCAAACAAAAAAAAACAUUUAAAUGCGAAAUGUAUAUCGCCCUUUUGUUGGUGAAAUUGAAAAGCAAAAGCCAAAAAUAUAAAAACUGCACGAUAAGCUUUUUUUUUAAAAAAAGAAAACAUAAUAAUUAUAAACAAAUUAAUGUUUUUUGCCAUCGCUUUUUAUUGCGAUAAAAUAUGUUUCCAAAUCAACUAUUAGAUUUUUAAAAUUAGAAAUCUUUCAAAAAGCAUGCUUCCAUCAAAGAGAACUGCAAUUUUUAUUCAAAAAAUAUAAUUAAUGAACAAAAAAAAACAAACAAACAACAAAUAAAAUAAUGUGGCAAAUUAAAUUAAAUUUUAUUCAAUUAAAAAAAAAGAAGAAAAACAAAAACAUAUUGCUUAAAAAAUACAUUAAUUCAUGUGGCUUUCCAAAUAAUUAAAUUAAAACAAAAAUAACACACAAAGAAAACUAACUAAAAUGUUAACAAAUAAAUGCUCUUAAUAUAAAUAUAUAUAUAUUUCUAUAAGCAAACCAUUUAAAUUAAAAUAAAAGCAAAAGAAAACAAAAAACAAAGAAACAUUUUCAACAUAAAAAUGCAAUAUUUAUUAAAAAUUCACAUUGAACUGGAUAAUAAGUGUAUUUAUAUUUAUUAUAAAAACAUGAUGCGAAAUAAAACAGAAUUUAAAGCUCAUUAACAAAAUAAAAUGUAUUAAUUUUUUUUUCUUAAAAUAUGAAUGUAAUUUUAUGUGUAUUAUCAAAGAAUUGAAAAACAAACAAAAUAAGUAUGAACGAAGCCAAAUGCCCUACGUAGUUAUGAAAUUUAUAUUUAAAAAAAAUAUUCUCACUCUUUUUUUAUUUAACUUAAUCUUUUAAAAUUCUAGCUAAUGUUAAUUUGAAUUUGAAAUUAUUUAUCAAGCUUCUGAAGACUUUGUUGCUCUUUUUUUUGACUGCAAAGUAAAACUGCAUUACUUUUGUAGGUCCUUUUUCUGAGGACUUCUCAUUAAUUAAGUUUGGUCCAUCAUAGAAGCCAUAAUUGUACGAGGCUUCUUUACUUUAAUAGCUUAGAUCUAACUUGAAGUGCAACAACUGUUUUAUGUUGUUCAUCGAUGUUUACGGUUUUCAUUCAGUCAAAUAUCUCUUUUUGCAACUACAAACCAUUAGUGUCAGCAUUCAUUCAAAUUUACUUAACUCAAGAGCCUGAUUCCCCAAAUAGUUCCACAGUAUUUUUCUUUGAUAAAAGAUAAUUUACGAGUUAAAGUUAGAACUUACAUAUAUGUAUGUACCCGUACUGCUAGGAAUGCCAAUCAACUGUAUUUAAUCAUUAUAAGGGUAUUCAUAACCCCGUUAGUUCGCGCACAAUAUAUACCAAACAAAAGUAUCCAUAAAUGUCUACGGUUUCAUAACCUGUUUGUUUCGACUAAAAUUUUUUUUAGGCGUUUUUGGACUUUUGUCCUUAACUUCAAACUCAAUUAAAUGUAGGAAAUCAAUCCACCUCUUGACUUGUGUUCUUCUUUAAACGGCUCCACUGCAAUUGACACUAAAUAUACUAAUUAUUACGAUAAGUGAUCUUGUUUAUGUAUAUCUAAAACCUUAGAAGCCAUAACUUCAUUUCCUCCAAAUCCUAGCAUGAAGCAUAGCCAAAAUAAGUUCCAUCAUAAAAAAGAUGCAUGCAGAAUAUUUAAGAGGUUGUAAAGUACCCAAAAAUGCAGGUAGUACUAUGUUACCGACUAAUGAUGCCUUAAGCUAUAAGGCAAGAUUUGUUUACAGAACUUAUGAUAUUGAAAAUGACAAAGCUUAGGCUGGGCAAAAAUGGGAAUAUAAAUCUUGAGGUGACUCGAAAAAUAUUUAGAAACAUACAAUAAUUUGUAAUUGAAGGUUGCACCUUUUAAUAAUUUCUCAAGUUCUUUUAAAGUCUUUAAAAUAGUAUCCAUAUGAUUGUAAAGCAUUUCGCUAAAAGCUUUUGUUCGAUGUCAUGUUUUUGAGUUGCAAAAACGUAAAGACUUAAUAAGAAUAUUUUUCUGUGGGAAACCAAAAACCGCAUUGAAGGAACUAAAUAUUUUUCAAAAUUUCAAAUAACUGAAAAUCCGAGACUAACUCAAAGUCUCUCGUUCUUAAUUUGGCUUUCCACUAUUUAUCAUUCAAUAAAGGCUUAAGAUUAACCGCAAAAUUUGGUUAGAAAAGCAGUUGAUAGCUUUUUUCUUGAAAAUUUCCAAGUUGCAUUUAUUGGCGAUUUUGUAUUAUGUUUGGUAUCUCAUCAGACCAACUACAGGCAUUACUGUCUGCUUCUAGUCAGAAGCUUCUGUUGCCUUACAUAACCUACACUAAUCUGCCUAUAGGUUUGUUUUAAGUAUCACAGUCAGCUUUUCGUGGAUCUUUGAUAAUCGUUUACUCAACUUUUUAGACCAAUUCAUAAAUAGAAAACCUAAAAUCCAACUUUAAUUAUGCGAAGAACAAUACACACGCUUUUAUCUUAAAUACCUCGAAUCCUCGAUGAUUUUGAAGGUUGUGACCCAAGAUUAAGCUACAACUUCAAACAUACUCGUAUGUAUAUGAACCUAAUUUUUAAUAACAUCUCAAGACCCAACAUCUUCUUAAUUUGGAGUUUCUUUAUCAAAACAGAUAAAAUUAUAAACAUUACAAAAAUCAAAAUGGUCCUCAAAAGUAAUGCGGUUUUCAAAUGCAAAUAUAUCUUCUUUUUUUUAUUUUCCUCAUUAAAACUUUAUGUAACUAAAUAUACCAAUGUUAGUUGAAAUAUUUUAAAGAAUAUCAAUAAUUUAAUAGAAUAUACAAAUGUUUCAUAUUUUCUCUAGUAAAAUGGUUGUGUUUUAAAUAAAAUUUUGUAAUUAUAUUUUCUAAAGAUGGUACGUGUUGAAUGUUUAAGAGGGCAUAUUAAGCUUUUUGUCAAAAAAAAUUCUUUUAAUUACUAUAGAAUAAAUAAAAACUAAUUAGUCAAACUAGAGACGAACUCGUAUAAAAAAAACAACAUCGAAAAUCUAUUGACAUCUUCUGCAAAGCUAAAAUGUUGCUCUAAAUUUCAAUAGAAAAUCUAUAAAAUAGCGAUUUAAAGUGAACCUAAUCGAACAAUUAAAUGGUUCUAAAAGGAUCUUUUUCAAAUCUUUUAUUAACGUACCUUCUUUUACUUUUCUUAACUUUAAAUUGAUGUACUCUGUCGUUUGUGUUUUAAAAGCAAAUAGAGAGCAAAAGACAUCACACUGUACUUAAAAUUCUCCAAACAUAUCCCUAAAAAUAUCUUUUUUGUUUUGUUUUUAAAAUAAAAAUAUUUAUUAUGAUAUGUUAAACUUGAGUUUCGUCCUGUUUUAAAUCUGUCAAUGGACUUAAUACAUUUGUUUUUUAAAUUCUUUAAUGAAUUAAUAAUAUUCUUAAUUAAAUAUACAAUUAAACAAAAGAUGCACAGCACAUCCGUCCAAUAAAAAAAAAGAAAACUCUUUAAAUUCUUUGCAAAAUAAAAUAAAAAGCUUCAAAAAUAACAAAACUUUUAUUUGUCAAUAUCAAGUUGUGUUUUAAUUCUUUUGUUUUAAAUUUUUUAAAUAUUGUUGUUUAGUUUUAAUGCAAAUAUUUUUAUUAUGUAUGAUGAUGUGUUGAUAUUUAAAUUUGAAUGCACACUUUUUUAAAUUUGUUAUAAUUAUAUUGUUCUUUAUUUGUGUUGUAAUUUUGUGCCAAAUAAAAUAUAAAUAAACUUAUGACUUUGGCGGGAAUCAGGGAUUGAUUUGGGUAAAAAUUUAAAGCAAUUUCUAAUUAAAUUAAUAGAUAAAACAAAUGACUGGUAAUGAGUUACUAAACAAAAAUAAGAAAACAAAAAAAAAAACAA